CAGACUAGUUUGUUGUUGUUUUGAACCCAUCAGUGUUAGAGCGCUCAGGUGGAUUUAAAGUGUUUGCAGAUGUACUGCAGCACAACAGUCAUUUUUCCAUCUUAAACAUGAGCAAUCUCCAAGUGAAACAGCUGAGAGAGCUACUUGACUUAAUAUUAUAAGCAUGGAGUUUAUUAAAGAAGAGGGGGAAGACACCAGUGAUCGAGAAGCAAGCGAAAUAAAGGAUGCUGAGCGACAAACAGAGCUGAUGGAGGUGAAAGAGGAACCUCAGUAUCAGAGAAGCGGACAUCAGUCUUUAAAUGGCGCACAGACGGUAAAGAGUUUGUCACGAAACAGAAGAUCCAAAACCUCUCUCGCCUGCUCUCAAUGUGGAAAGAGUUUCACGCAAACGAGUCACCUCAAGGCUCACACGAGGAUUCACACCGGAGAGAAGCCGUUCACCUGCCAACAGUGCGGAAAGAGCUUCACACAGAAAGGAAACCUUAAGGAUCACGUACGGAUUCACACCGGAGAGAAACCCUUCACGUGCCAUCAGUGCGGGAUGAGCUUCACCUAUAAAAGAAGCCUGAGUGAUCACAUAGGCAUUCACACCGGAGCGAGUCCGUUCACCUGCCCGCAGUGUGGGAACAGAUUCACUCAUAACAGUGACCUGAAGAGACACGGAAGGAUUCACACCGGAGAGCGGCCUCACAGCUGUCACCAGUGUCCAAAGAGCUUCACUCGGAAAGAGCAUCUGAAGACGCACACAAGGAUCCACACCCAAGAAAACCCUUACAUCUGCUCUCAGUGUGGAAGGACCUUCAAACAUCUGAGUAACAUAACAAGACAUAUGACAGUCCAUACAGAGAUACAACUGCACCACUGAUCACAGAAGGUCUCAUUUCAUCUCAAAUCUAAAUAUAGACAGUGCAUUUUCUCCCAAAAUAGCUGCUAAAAGUCAUGAAUUUUUUUGUAAUA